AACAGACAGACAGAUGGACAUUUGACUUUUUGUUCUCAAACCCCCCCAAAAAUAACCUAUGAAUCGGAAUCCAACGGCAGGACUCGAAAAGGUUAACAGGCAAACUUUCUGGUGGCAGAUACACAUCGUGCAUUUACCAAGCCGUGCGUUCGUCUCCCAGACUUCUAGAAGUUUGUUUCGUGAACGAGGAGGGGAGGGCAGAAAGACAACAUCAACAACGACGGGGGACUUGAGCAGACUUUGGCGGGUGAAACAUCUCUGUCUGCACCUACAACGUCGUCACGCUCCAACUCACACAUUCACGUCCUCUAUCUCUCGUCCUUGGCUGGAGUCAUAGUCUGCCUUUUCCACAACGCGUUUCUAAACCUCCUCGGGAAAUUCAAUUUCGGGAAGCUCAAUCUUGGGAUACUCGGACAUUACACACACACACACACACACACACACAUACGCACGCACCUUACUUCAACGCUUACACGCUCCAUCUCACACACACAAAGUCGCAGCCAACCAGCCGCCCGGCAUGUGCAAGGACGCCCUCCACGAUCUGCUGGUCGAUCUGCCCAAGUGCGAGCACCACAUCCACAUCGAGGGCUCCCUCGCGCCCGAGCUGCUGUUCCGCCUCGCCGCGCAGAACGGCAUCCCCCUGCCCGCCGCCGACAAGGAUCCGGCCUUCGCCGGCGUCGAGGCGCUGUACGAGCGCUACCGCAACUUCACCUCGCUCGACGACUUCCUGCACUACUACUUCAUCGGCUUCUCGGUGCUGCUAACCGCCGCCGACUUUGAGGAGCUAGGGUACGCCUACUUCGCCAAGGCGCACGCCCAGAACGUCCGCCACGCCGAGGUCUUCUUCGACCCCCAGGCCCACACGGCCCGCGGCGUCGCCUACGGCACCGUCGUCGACGGCCUGCGCCGCGCCCGCCGCCGCGCCGAGGCCGACUUUGGCAUGACGGUCGAGUACAUCGUCUGCUUGCUGCGCCACUGCCCCGUCGACGACGCCAUGCGCAUGUUCCUCGAGGCCCGCGACGCCGGCCACUUCCGGGACGGCACCAUCGCCGGCCUCGGCAUGUCGAGCAGCGAGGCGCCCUACCCGCCCGCCAUGUUCCGCCCCGUCUACGACGCCGCCCGGGACUCCGGCAUCCGGCGCACGGCGCACGUCGGCGAGGAGGGGCCCGCCGCCUUCGUCGUCUCGGCGCUCGACGACCUCGACGUCGAGCGCGUCGACCACGGGCGGCGCGCGGCCGAGGACGACGCGCUGCUGACGAGGCUGGCCGGGCGCAAGACGCUGCUGAGCCUGUGCCCCGUGUCCAACGUCGUGCUGCGGGGCGUGCGCGAGAUGCGCGAGAUGCCCAUCCGGACCUUCCUCGACCGCGGCGUGCGCUUCAGCAUCAACAGCGACGACCCGGCCUACUUUGGCGGCUACAUCCUCGAGAACUACUGCGCCGUGCAGGAGGCCUUCGGCCUGAGCGUCGACGAGUGGCGGGGCAUCGCGACGGGCGCCGUCGAGGGUAGCUGGUGCUCCGCGGCCCGGAAGGGGGAGCUGGUCAAGGAGGUCGAGGCCGUCGUCGCCAGGCACCGGGGGCUGUUGGCGACGACGAAGGCGGCCUAGG